AUGAUGCGGUGUGUGAAGGAAAACGAGCUUGGAAUAGAACGACCUGAUCUAGAAAAAUCGUUGCGAAUCCUCGUUGACGAUUCCCAUGGUGUUGUUCGUAAGUCAGGAGACAGUGGUGGAGGACUGUAUAUAAUUGACUUUGAACGUGCUACACAACAAAUUUGUCAAUAUCAUAUUGAAUCGCUGAUACGAGAACAGCUGGAGACAAGAGCAGUACGUAUCUUCCGCCUUCUCCAGCAAAAGGGUCAUCUUGAAGAGGACCAGAUUGAGAAGCUGACGAUGAUGAGCGGUAAAGAGACUCGGGAGCUCCUAUAUGCAAUGCUUGAAGAGGGAUAUAUUCAGACUAAG